CGGCGACGGCGACGGCGACGGCGACGGUGACGGCGACGACGACGACAGCGACGGCUACCACAACGGCGACGGUGACGGCAACGAGAACGAGGAAGAAGAAGAGGAGGAGGAAGAGGAGGAGAACAAGAGUCCUAGCAACUCGUCUUCCUGGAAGGACGAAGGACAAAGGGGGAGGUGGAAGAGAAGAGGAAGAGGAAGAAGAAGACAAAGAGGGUGGUAACAGUGGUACCGAGCAACUCGUACUCGGUGCUACCGUUGCUGCUGCCGGUGGUGGUAGUAGUAGUAGUAGUAAAAGUAGUAGUAGUAAUAGCAGUAGUAGUAGUAGCGGUAGUAGUAGUAGUGGUGUUGGUGUUGCUACUGGUGGUGCUGCUGCUACUGGUGGUAGUGGUGAUGGUGGUGGUGGUGGUGUCGUCGAGCUUAGCACUACGACGACGACAACAGUCGCCGAGCCGAUGUCAGCGAGUUCGUAUCCUGGAGAUGAGGAGGAGCUGCCGGGAGCGGAAAAUCACCAGCUAGCGAAACGGCCAAGCUCUGGAGAAAGAGAAGGAAAAGGAGGGGAAGGAGGGGAAGAGGAAGUUGGAGAACUGGGCAAGGACGAGUCGACGUUACGCGAGGAGGUCAAGGUCAUCGACUCCUCGCCGUCGUCGUCCUCAUCCUCGACGAACACCGGGACGACGACGGUACUUUCCACCACGCUGUUACCACCACCCAAUCGGGACACCUCUAUGGAAGCACUGGGUACGAGCAGUUACGUAGUGUCAGCGGUACUCGUUCUAAUAGUUGGUGCGCUGCUGGCCAUCUUGGCGACGGUAUCGCAUCAUCUCCAUCACCGUCGACUCGAGCCUUUGCACGAGUCGAAUUCUGCCUCCAUUCUGCAUGACCAUCGCCAUCUUCAUCAUCACCAUCAACGACAUCAUCAACAACAACAACAACAACAACAACAACAACAACAACAACAACAACAACGACAACAACGACAACAACAACAACAACAACGACAACGACAACGACAACAACAACAACAACAACAGCAACAUCAACUGCAACAUCGCCGUCGUCAUCAAGAGGAUCGAGAAGAAUCCCCGCCGGCGUUGCAUCAGCAACAUUCCUUCCUACAGGAUCAUCACCGUCAUCCUGGAACGCAAAUGCUAUCGAUGGGUUCGGCAUUGGACGUUCGUAGAGGAGGAAGAGAAGGAGGUGAAGUAGGAGGAGGUGGAGGUGGACGUAGAGACGGAGGGGCUGGCGAGGCAACAAACGGAAACGCAUUGGCCCGAGGCGUUCGAAUAGCUGCAGCCGCCGUUCGUGGACAGGGUGAUGUCCUGCAACAAGAAGCAAUGGUCGCCGCAGCGAGAGACAGGGCGAUCAGGACAGGUAGCGUGAGGCAAGAUCUCGCCCUCAAUUUACCUCCGCGGCUGGAGCUACCGGAUGGGGAGGAACGCCCUUACGGGGCGCAAACCAAUUUGCAUCUUCGUGACCCCUUGCAGGAAAGCGAGAUCUACCAAAAGUGCAUACGGCCACCACCAAACCGGACUAUCUUCGAUAGCGAGAGUCCACCCCCGUAUCGUAGCCAGUCGGCACUGUUGGAGCCACCGGAACAAAUAGUACGCUGUCACAGCGCGGGUAGCUCCCUGCUGAAAAUGUUUCGCAAGUUUCCAAGUUCUGCUAGUAGUAGUAGUACGUCGUCGUCGUCGUCGUCGUCGGCGGCGGCGGCGGCGGCGGCGGCGGCGGUGGGGGCACCGACGCCACCGAAAAAGUCCACCCUGUCCAGCUAUUCCGAGUCCAGUAGCAACCUGUCCACUUUGACGGUGGUGCCCUGUGAAACGGACGAGAGUCAACAGGAGCAACAUCACCAUCGGCAGAAACGCGUCUGAUCCGAGGCCAGUGGUGGUGGUGGUGGAUCCUCGUGCCCGAGGAAGAGGCGAGCGUUCCUUCCUUUCAACAAGAAGACCAAGAAGAAGAAGAAGAAGACUCUCCUUUCAGCAGCGUCGUCAUCGACCAUCAACACCGACGACACGAUGAUCCUCCUACUCUUUCUUCGCGGUGCGCCACUUGAAGACUGAACUACGACCAAUAGCAACGGCAACGCAAGACUUCUCUCUCCAUUGCUUUUGGUUCGAGGACCAAGCGAGAACGGCGCCGAAAGAGAGAGUAGAGUACAGAAAGAGAAAGAGAGACAGAGAGAACAAGAGAGGAGAACAGGAGAGAACCCUGGCCCUCUUCUUUUUCUUCUCUCUCUCUCUCUCUCUCUCUCUCUCUCUCGUUCGCUCUUUCUUUGUUUCUUUCUCUUUUUACUAUAUAAACACUAUCCUGCAGAUCUCAUACUUAUUCCAAAGCGUGAUAUAUAGGAGAGGGAAAGAUUAAAUCUUGCUGAGAGAGAGAGAGAGAGAGAGACAGAGAGGCAAAGAGAUCGUAUAAGCUGAGAUGUUGCUAUUUUAUUUCCACGUAAUCUCCUUCCAAGAGAGAGAGAGAGAGAGAGAGAGAGAGAGAGAGAGAGAGAGAGAGAGAGAGAGAGAGAGAGAGAGAUGAGGAAAGGGAGAGAGACAUGGUACUGGAGAGAGACGUAAUAAGGGAGAAGAAAAUCGCUCGCCUCCCCUUCGACGUCGAUGCGAUCGACUAAUGGACGAUUCGCAACAGUGUCGCAAAAGUUUUCUUCGAGAAAAGACUUAGUAAAUUAUUUAUUGGCGAUAUUCGCGUCCUGCCUUCUCGUACCGAGAGAUUCUGGCAGACGAGAGUGAAUGAGUGAGAAUGAGAGAGAGAGAGAGAGAGAGAGAGAGGAAUAAAUGCGAGCAUGUUAGGGAAAGGAAGACCAAUUGAGAGCUAAAAGGGCUAAAAAAAACGAAAAAAUAUAAAACAGAGAGAAAGAGCUGAAAAAGUAGUGCCAAGAGCGAAAAUAAGAAGGAAAGAAACAUUGUAAAUAUUAGAUUAGGUAGUUCAAUAUUACAAUAUAAUUAUUACGACUAAAAAUUAUAUGCUACAAUACCGAUUAAAAGUAAACAUCCAAUAUACGUUACGAACACGCAUACCAUUUAAAAAUGUGAGCUGGCACGCUCUCAGUGCCGGGCCGUACGAAAGUGACGUUCUUUUUCUUCGCGGGACACGCGUGUUUUUCUCUUUUCAAAGAUGGCCACGUUUUUUUAGCGAUCGUUAAUUCGUCCCUUGUCUUUCCCCUAUCUAAGCACGUAAGUUUUCAUUCUCGUAGUUUUUCUCGUUGCAAAGGAUAUACCUUUGUAUUUUCCUUUCUUCGAAAGCAAAGAGAAAGCCAGAGACGUUCACGUUUUAGUGAUCGAUCGAUGGCGCACUCUUCUUCUUUUCCAAACGCUUUGAAAAGCUACGAAUCGAUUUAGGAAAAAAGACGCGUGCGUGGCCAUCGGCUAGCCAGAGUCGCCUUCGAAUUUGAUCGGCGGCGGCGUCUCCACGUUUCGUACGGCCCUGCGUACAUACGUCUGAUAUAAACACACGCUACUUUUAUUAUUAUUCGAAUAGAUAAGGCCUCAGUUUUCGACGAAAUAGGACGAGAUCCGUACCCGGUCGUUGCCUUUUCGAGUCUCGGCGUCGACGAGAGGAGUUGCGCGAGAUCAAGUAAUUAAUUAAUUAACUAAUCGAUUAAUAGCUAGAAGAAAUUGUUUACACGGCGACCUUCGUCGAUCUAUUUUCGUACAAUAGGCCGACGCGAAUGAAUUAGGGUUCGAGAUUAAUUCCUAGGCGCGUAGUUUAAAUCCGGUAAACGAGUUAAAAGAUACAGAACAAUAUGUCGUAGGUCUCCGUUGUAUUCUCCAAAGUUCCUACCCGCGAUCUUUUCUUCGACGAUUUGUUUCUGAUACGUGAAAGAGGAAGACGACUGAAGAAGAAGACGAAGAGGAUGAAGAAGAAGAAGAAAGAAAAAAGAAGAAAAAUUAAGUAAAAUGAUAGAUAGAGAAUUUGGUAGAUCGACUCGCGCGUCUCGUCGAGCCCGAACUCCGAUAUAUGCUUCCCGGGACGGAACGAAUCACCCGAGUAUCUCAUGAGAAGUCACCAAUUAUUGUAAUUUUAAACGAAAAGAAAUCCGACGAAGGGGAAAGAAAGUUUAAACAGAUGCGAACUAUUUUCCGACGCGUUUCCCUCCAACGAUUCGCGGAUUGCGUGCGUCGCGUGUCACGAGUUUGCCGCGAGAUCGAUUCGACAAACAAACAAACGAACGAACGAAUAAAAAAUCGACUAAAACUGGAGCGCGCUGAGUAUGAUAGGAAAAAGUGUUUUUAAAAAGAAUCUUUUAUUUGCGAACAAGCUGACACAAACCCCCCCCCCCCCCCUCGGACAAAGAUCAUAAUUUCCCAAAUGUUUGACGUUUCUUCAAACGAAACUUAAGCUUAUCGUACGUAGAAAAAUGUUAACAAGCCAAACGAUCAGGCUCGAGUAUUUUUCUAUGAUGAUCAUUGCGAGCCAAAGUAUCGUCGUCCGAGAUUCGGAAAUACCUCAAACCUACUUAUUAUGACUUAUUAUUACUCGUAGAGGAUGUUCUAUCCCGUUCUCAUUUUUUACAAUAGGAAAUUGUAUUUAACUGCGCAUUGCAACUAUUGUAUCGUUGUUUGAAAUUACGUAAUACGUCAUAAAAAAUAUCUUCGUAGGCUUACUCGUCGUUUCAUCCUUCGAGAAACUCUCGACUCGAUGAAAUCACGAAUGGUCUUAUCAUGUAGAAUAUUUUUCCUACGAGUAAAUCGAUCAAUUUUGGAAGAUGAUAUUUUCGUUCGCAGCGAUUGCAAUUGGAAAAAUUCCAUGUAAAGUUAUUCUAAAGUUUGACUGUUGAUAUUUUGGAAUAUACGACCAUUCAAGGCUCGUAUCUAUAAUCGGCGAAACUCGAAUGAAACUCGUAUUCUACCCUAGUAUAAUUUUCUUCUAAAUAAAGAGAUAUUCGCGCGGUUCCGGUUCUAGGCGAUUCUCAGGAUAUCGCGUUCCUUCGAAUCUCGCGACUUCUACCACGAAUCACGUGACCGUGAAUCGACCCACCGCGAUUCGAUAAUCGAAUUCGUUUGGCUCGUAAAAAAUAACGUAUAACGACGACAGAGAAGCGGAAGAGAGAGGACGUGAUGAAAGAAAAGGGUUGUUUCAGAGAGAGAGAGAGAGAGAGAGAGAGAGAGAGAGCAAAGUGUUUAUCCAAAAGACCGCUAUCAUGCCUUUUGAGAAAAUAUACAUGUCCGGGCAGUUUUACAAACGAAAUUUGACCCCGUGUUUCUCUCGACGCACGUUGCGAAACAACGUUCGCAAUAACGUUCGCAUUGGCAAAGUUUUCGUAUGGAGUUGAAGAGGGGCAAAUAAAAAAGUAAAGAAAUGGUUUCUCCAUCGCUCAAAAUGUGUUCAACGCGCAUGCAAUAUUUAAAUGGCGAGGAUCAAUCGUAACCGUAUUAUUUAACGAUUGGGUCAUCGACGUGGCCUUGCGAUCGAGUGAGAUGAUACGCGUUCAGCGAAGAGAUAAGACAGGGAGAAAGAUAGAGAAAGAAAAGAAAAUGCAAUGGGUUCUGUGCAAGUCUCAAUUAAAUUGUAAAUGUUAUUAACUUAGAUUGAAUUUAAAGAAAAAAAUAGAGAAAAAAAAAAGAAGUAAGGAGUGAAAUGACAAUGGAAGUUACCUUAGAUCGCUUACUAGACCGAGUUUAUGCGCGGGCGAUUAAUGGAAAGUAAAUCCUAAAGAAAUUCGUCUAGGUAAAAAUCUCUUAAUUAUCAUUAAUCAUUAGAAGAUUCUAUAGAGCGCGAUAAUUUAACGAUUUGUUAACGAGAUUCGCCGUACGAGCGAAAGAUUAUGAAAUCGUGGCCUUUCGACACAAACGAGAGAGUGAGAGAGAGAGAGAGAGAGAGAGAGAGAGAGAGAGAGAGAGAAAAGAAAAGAAAGAAAGAAAAAAAGGAAGAGGACGAACGACGAGGAGGUAUUUCAAACUCGCCCGCCAAUCGAAGAGACACGAUCUUCCAUUGGAGAGAGUCCAAUUAGCUGUUUCAUUCGGACGAACGGCUCGGUUCGAGCGUUGGAUCUCGGUUCGAUACUUAUCGAAAUGCACGACUUUGAAGACGACGCUUUAUUAUUUUCUUCUCUCGCAUUUUGUCGAUCUCGGAAAGAUCUUGUCGAGAGCCAAAGCAAAUGGGAGAAUUCAUCGACAAGAUCAUUGUUUCGACCAUUAUUCUUUGACCCUUCGAUUUGUUAUUUUUUUGUAUUUGUUUUUUAUAUAUUGUUAAUAUGUGUAACAAGACGUCUCACGUUUUAGGACGUUCCUUGGUAUAUUGGAAAAUACAUAUCAUCUGAUUAUUAGUUUUUCCUUCCUUUUUUUUUUUUUUUUUUCUUUUUGUUUUUCUUUUUUCUUCUGUUUCUCCGUUUCGCGUUCAUCAUAGCCAUAAAAAAGCGCGUAGGAACGAUCGACGAGCAUCGAAAUAAUAAUAAAUUAAGCUCGGACAGACGCGAUUUGACAAAAUAAAUCAUCGCGAUAUCAUGUGUGCGUCCUGCUACGUACGUGGGAUUGGCGUAAAGCGUAAAUACGCGUUGAAAUUUCGUGAUUUUUACGAAAAUAGUAGAUCCGGUCGUUCCUUAUCGUCGUACUCGAGUCAACGAGAAUUCUCCAAUGAAUCUAGUCACGCCGAGCCGUACGUCCGCUCGUCGAAGUAAAUCGGUCGAUAAACUCUAGCUAUUGUCAUUAAAAAUAUUGAAAUAGACCGUCGACCGAACCGUCGAGGGAGAGAGAGAGAGAGAGAGAAAAGGAACGUGUUUAAAAAGAAAGAAAAAAAAUAACGUUGUUUCAAUCAUUAUUUUCUUUUUCUUUUCUUUCCUCGGCGGCGAUAACGGCGGUCAUCUUAGGCAGAAAAUAAUUAUAAUAAUAACAAUGAGAUAAUAAUUAUAAUUAAAUAAGAAUAAUAAUGUGAUUUCACGAGGUGUGUUCUAAACAAAAUUUAUUCGUAGCGUCGAGUUUUAACGAGCCAACUCCGAGUCAUUUGAGACGCGCAACGGAGUUUCGAAUUUGACGUGCUCGUGCGCGCCAAGAAAAAGAAAACGAAAGAAAGAGCGGAAGAAGUAGAGAAAAAAGAAAAUUUUUUCUAUAUCUUUUUUUUUGUUUCGUUUCUAAGCUAUAAUUAUAUCGUACUGUUAAUAAGAUUGGUGUGUCUAGUCCCUCGCGAUGAGAGAAUGUACUCGACAGAGAGAGCGAGAGAGAGAGAGAGAGAGAGAGACGGAAAGAGAGAUAGAUAGAACAAAUUUUGGUGCGAAGAAAUAACGUCCAAAACUCCUUCGAGACUCCUCAUCGUAGAGCGUACAUUUUUCUUGUUAAAAAAAAAAAUUAAAAAAAAAAAAACACGCGUAAAGGGAAAGAGCGAGAGAAAAAAAUUAAGCAAAGAAUAAUAACAACAACAACAAUAAUAAUAAUAAUAAUAAUAAUAAUAAUAAUAAUAAUAAUAAUAAUAAUAAUAAAUAAAUAAUAAUAAAUAAUAAUAAUAAAUAAUAAUAAUAAUAAUAAUAAUCACAUCAUCAUUAACAUCAUCAAUGCACAGACCCGCUGACUGACGGAAUUAAAAAUGUUUCCUAAUCAAAAUUCGUAAAUGUCUCGUUGUUGUUUCGGGAACGCGCAGUGUCUUUGACAAAAAAAAAGAAAAAAAAAAAAAGGAAAAAGAGAAAAGAAAGAGAGAAAGAAAGGAAUUGUGGAAAAGUGGGGAAACGGGAGGAAAGAAUAGGGAAAUAAAAUGAGACCGCGUCGUGUGUCCUUCGAACGAAGUAAUGACUUUUCAUUGUCGCGAUUAUACGAAGCAGAAAAAGAUGAGAGAGGGAGAGAGAGAGAGAGAGAAAGAGAGAGAGAGAGAGAGAGAGAGAGAGAGAGAGAGUGAGUGAGAGAAAGAAAUUGGGAAAACCUUUUUUCAAAGUAAUCGAUCGAUGUUGUAGAAACAGUGUCAUUUUAAAGUAGUAGGUCGCUUCUACAGGAAAAAAAAAAAAAAGUAAAGUAAAGUAAA